AUGGGGAGCCGUCUGUCCCUGGUGGAGCUCACCUAUCCGUUUGGAAUAUGGGCCAUUUGUUUUCCCCACUGGGAUGAUUUCAGUCUGGUUUCAUCAUGUUGGAAUUUGAUCAUACCAUUUUCAAACAAUGUUAACAUAGUCCAGCUUUUGUUUUUCUCAUCUCUUCCAAGAGGAGACUCACUGUUUCUGUCUGAGGAAGCUCAUACCCUCAGCAAAACAUCAGGACAAAUAAAGAGAAAUGGGGGCACACAUUCCCAACAGAAGCAGUGUGUUAUUUGUUUUAAAACUCCCGAACAGAGAUCUUGGAAAUCUUUCAAAAAGACCAUUGAAUUCUUCGUUGGCUGA